AGUCCUGCUAUGCUGUUCAGGGUGCAGGGCAGAGGGAGAGCCAAUCACCGAAACGCACAGGCUCCCUUUAAGCCUGACAUAUCUCCAACAGGAACAAAUUGUCCCAACAAUCAACAUCCCAAUCUGCUGCGCGCAUCAGGGGCUGGAGAGGAGAGGAUAGCCUAUAGGCCUUUGCAACGCGGACGAAUUGCACUGGAUUGCUCCACCACAAGAAGCUAUCAAACGAUUAUACACACAACAAACUGACAGCGAUCUCUUUGGAUAUCAAGGUUUUGGGCGGGGGAGUGAGUUUUGAACAUCAUGUCAAUAUUACCGUCCUUCGGUUUUACGCAGGAGCAAGUGGCGUGCGUUUGCGAGGUUCUGCAGCAAGGAGGAAACCUGGAGAGGCUCGGCCGCUUUCUGUGGUCUUUACCCGCUUGUGAUCAUCUCCAUAAGAACGAAAGCGUCCUCAAAGCCAAGGCAGUGGUGGCUUUUCAUCGGGGGAACUUUAGGGAGCUUUAUAAGAUCCUGGAGAGUCACCAGUUUUCACCGCACAACCACCCGAAGCUUCAGCAGCUGUGGCUGAAGGCGCACUACGUGGAAGCAGAGAAGCUGCGCGGCCGGCCGCUCGGAGCUGUAGGGAAGUACCGGGUGCGGAGGAAAUUCCCGCUGCCCCGCACGAUAUGGGACGGAGAGGAAACCAGCUACUGCUUUAAGGAGAAGUCCAGGGGAGUCCUGAGAGAGUGGUACACGCAUAACCCGUAUCCGUCUCCACGUGAAAAAAGGGAGCUGGCCGAGGCCACAGGACUGACCACCACGCAGGUCAGCAACUGGUUCAAAAACAGACGGCAGAGAGACAGAGCCGCAGAGGCGAAAGAAAGAGAGAACAGUGAAAACAACAACGCAGGCGGCAACAAACAGAACCAACUGUCUCCUCUGGAUGGAGGAAAAUCUCUAAUGUCCAGCUCGGAGGACGAGUUUUCGCCACCUCAGAGUCCCGACCAGAACUCAGCGCUUUUGCUUCAGGGCAACAUGAACCACCCCGGGGCCUCCGCUUACCCCAUGUCCGGGCUGGGGGGCCCACAGCCGGUGCACGGCAUGCAUGGACAUCCACACCAACUGCAGGACUCCUUGUUGGGACCUCUAACCUCCAGUCUUGUGGAUUUGGGCUCUUAAAGAAGCUGCCAGAUUAUUACGAUCCCAGACAAACGAAGAGGACUGAUAAAUGUAUCCGAUUGAAUAUGUGUAUGAAAUAACACUAUAGUAGCCUACCUUAUAAAAUAGACUGACUUGUCUGUCGUUAAAUUUGGUUAGAACAAAACUCAUUAAUGCGCUUAAUCCAUAUCCCCUUGAACAGGACGAUUUUCUGAUCUCCUGCACAUGAAAAUAUACAAACAGGACCUUCUUGAAACUCUUAACUCGACGAAACACUUAAUAGGACUAUCCAUUUGCUUAAUUUAUGAUAUUUUGUUAAGAUAAAAAAUAAUUAGCAACCUGCUGCGAUGGAAACUAAGAGGUAGCGUUUUCAUUAGAGUCAUGGGAAUUAGUUUCCAAUAAAAAAAAAGUGAUGCA